AAAGUGUGGUCAGCCACUGACUCUGAGUUAAAAUCACUCGCAGUCGCUCCUACAUUUCAGUCUGCAGAAGUUUGUGCUCCGAGUAGGAUCUCCUAAACGCGAAAAGUUAUUUCUGAUCAAGCUACAGGAGAGAAUAUAUCAAUUCUGAAAACUCUUCAAUUUAUCACACAUCGUGACACAGAGACAUUUCUGCGCGCAAGACAUUAAAUAAAACUGUGGCAGAAGAGACAGGAAAAGCACACUUCUCCCCAGUUACCGCUAGUGCCUCAGAGUGUGGAGAGUGAGAGACUCUAGGCAAUAUAUUUGAGAGAGAGAGAGAUCUUAUUCACGAAGAAACACGAAGAAGUUGAGUAGAUUCAGAACAGAGACUGUGAUUUCAUAUCUAAGCCCAAAAACCAAGUUCUGUGAUAAUCUGUGUCUCUCAAGACAACAAUUUUAGUGCAAAGUAUAUACCAGAAAACGCCUCUAAAGAUGGUCAUUAGAAGCAAGCACUUGUGUCGCCGGGUACUUGAGAAUCAACACAAAUUGUGCCAAUUUCUGCAACAACAGUUGCGACUCUGUUCCUCAAAUGCCGCACGACCCGCUGCGGCCUUUGCCAAUCAGGAUGAAGAGUCCAACAUCAAGAUCACGAAGCACUUCAAAUCCACAGCCACGUCGCUUCUGGAGCCCAUCGAGCACGCCCCGAAUGUCGGACAGCAAUUUCAAUAUUCAGACAUGAGCGUGCGAUUAGCGGCUCCACAUGAACUCCAAACAAAGCCUGACGUGGACGAUAUGGGCUUUGGGAAGAUCUUCACGGAUCACAUGCUGAAGAUCUUCCACCACCAGAGCCUGGGCGGCUGGCAGAAGCCCGAGAUUACGCCUCUUGAGAACCUCGUGAUGCAUCCUGCUGCUAAAGUCUUCCACUAUGCUGUUGAGCUCUUCGAGGGCAUGAAGGCUUACCGUGGCGUCGACGGCAAGAUCCGCCUGUUUCGUCCGGACAUGAACAUGAAGCGGAUGAACCUGACAGCCCGUCGCUGCGGUCUGCCCACCUUCGAGGGCCUGGAGCUGGUCAAGUGCCUGGCGCGCCUCGUCUCGAUCGACCAAGAGUGGGUGCCGCACACGGAGUGCGCCAGCCUGUACAUUCGGCCCACGCUGAUCGGGAUCGAGCCCACACUCGGCGUCGCCUCCUCAGACUCGGCCCUCCUCUACACCAUCCUCAGUCCCGUGGGCAGCUACUUCGGGCCCAAGUCCACCGGCGGCGUGUCCCUCCUCGCCGAUCCGCAAUACGUGCGCGCCUGGCCCGGAGGGGCCGGCGAUCGGAAGCUCGGCUCCAACUACGCGCCCACAAUCUACGUCCAGCAAGCGGCGGCCAAGCAGGGCCUCCAGCAGGUCCUGUGGCUGUACGGCGAAGAUCACCAGUUGACCGAAGUGGGAGUGAUGAAUGUCUUUAUGGUGUACAUCAACGACAAUGGAGAGAAAGAACUGAUAACGCCGCCGUUGAAUGGAUUAAUUCUGCCCGGAGUCACGCGGGACUCCAUUCUGGAGUUGAGCAGAUCCUGGGGUCAGUAUCAGGUGCGCGAGGGGAAGAUCACCAUGAAGUGGGUGCAGCAGCUGAUCAAAGAGGAGAGGCUCUUGGAGAUGUUCGGAGCCGGAACGGCCUGCGUUGUGUGUCCCGUCCAGAGUAUUAGCUACCUUGGUGAGGAGCUCCUGAUACCCACCCUUGAGCAGGAGAAGCCCGUGUUUGAUCAACUCAGGACCACAAUGACAGAUAUCCAGUAUGGCAAGCUCGAUCAUCCAUGGGCACUCGUGGUCGAUUGAUAAGACCCCAAAAUCAAGAACCCACACUAUCUCCUUCCCACUUGAUAGAAAUUGCCAAAAAGAGUGACUUCGUUACUAUAGCAAAUCAUUGUCGAAAGCUUCCUAAAAAUACAACACUUCCAAUAUAAGAUAAGCAAUUAUUUUUCACAAUUGCUUUACGGUACCAUUUAACUAUUUAUUACAUCUUUUUUAGUGUGUAUUCAGGUGUGUAUUAGAUUAUUUCUUUCAGUUUACUUUUACUUUUUCUUUCCAAAAGGAAUUUGGAGUACAUAUAUAUAAAUAUAUUUUUGUGUUAAGAGAAAACAAGCUGUGAAUAAGAUGAAGAAAAAACAAGAGCACGAAGGAAUCUAUGGAACAGAAAGAAAUUGUAAAAAAAUACCUUAUUUACUCUUUAGCAAGAAAAAAAACUCCCCCUUUGUUAUCAAAUUGCUAAGUGUGAUGAUCUGCAAAACAUAUUGUGAUCGUCAUCAAUUGAGAAAAUUUGAGGCAAUGUCGUACAAAUAAAUCAAAAGUGCAUUUCCUAGUUUGUAGGCGUGUUAAGAGAGACAAAGAUUAAAAAUUGUUACAUUUUUUGCGAGUAUCUCCCCUGUAAAUAUUUUAUUUGUUACAAAACCUAGCAAGAUUAGUAAUUAUUUUAGUGAUUUAGGACUAACAUUGUCCUUUCAUCGUGUUUAGUAGACACUUGAUUGAGUGGUAGAUUCUUUUCAAAUUAAAUUAAUUCAAAUUAAACUCAUACAAAGCUGUAGACGCUGUGAAAAACUAUUUACAUGGUUAUGUAGAGUUCUUUUCUUUUGGAGAAAACAAAUAUAUAAAGUGAAUAAAAGUGAAAAGCAAAUGGAAAUUACCCACUUCUGUGUAAACAAACCAUCAGACGUUAGCGGAAAUAUUGUUGAUAUAAGCUUUUAGGUAAGAAAUUGGAAAUAAAUUAAAUUCCUACAGUAAAA